AUGAUCAGCUUCCGCUGCUUCCAAUUGUUUCAUUUGCUUACCCUCUUCAUCAUCUGGGAGGCCUGGUAUUGGCGCAUUGGGCCCCGAGCAUCAUACCCCCUAGCAUCAUACUCUUUCAUUCUGUCCAUGGGUGUACCUACCUACCUCCUUAUUCAUGUCGUCGCUGCCAAGGACAUGAACCACCUCGGUUUCCUGUACCGACGCUUUUUACCCGGGUAUUGGCUACGCCUGGUCACGGACAAGAAGUUCGCAUUUGCCGAAUAUCGCGUACGCGAGGCUUUGAAUUGGAUGCCAGAAGUCGAUGUCAUUGGAUAUGAUUGGUUUCAAAUGAGCUUCGAGAAGAUAGAGGGUGGCGACAUCAGCAUUUCGCUCACAAACGUCUCGCGUCCACUAGUCAUGGCAGCCCUGGGUACCAAUAAUACGUCCACGACUGCGCAGAACGUUGAAGCCUUCCUGAGUUCCAACAAAACCCGUCUACUCAGCGCAGCAGAUGGACAAGAGAUAUACUGGCGUAUGAUAGACCUCUUCUACACUGGUACCAGAUACAGAGAGUUGGCAAAGAAUCUCAUACAAUGCCUGCCGCUUCAGCAGCACAUCAAGAGCGCUCACCACUGGCUCUUGAAAGUCCCGUUGAAUUCCAGAUACAAAGAAUUGGCUAAAGAUGUCCUGCCAUACCUGCCUUCCCAGCAAUACGUUGAGAGCGCUGCUCACUGGCUCCUUAGAGACUCGUCGUAUCGGAGAAACGCAGUCAAGCUUGUUCUUUUCGUCCAACUUCCGUUCAGCUACUUUGAACCAGCAAUCAAUGACGACGUCGUGCUACAGGAUCCGGAUGAUUACGCACGCAUGCUCGGCUGUGUCCAGCGACUCUUCCGUCGCGUGGUGCGAAGAGUUGUGUAG